AUGGCGGGUGAUUCGCCGAUAGAAUUUGUCGUUUCGGGUCAAAAUGGUAUGGAAUAUAUCGACUUGAAAAAUUCAUUAGUUUACGCAAAAAUAAAAAUUAAAAAGGCAGACGGAUCUGAUAUAAGCGCUACUGAAGAUGUGGGACCUGUCAAUCUGUUGCUUCCCGCCCUAUUUUCACAAGUAGAUGUCACCCUACAAGGAAGAACCAUAGUAUCCACAACAACGAAUUAUGCAUACAGAGCAUACAUUCAGACAUUAUUAAAGUAUGGAAAUGAUGCCAAAACAUCUCAGCUAGCCACACAAUUAUGGCUUAAAGAUACCGAUGGGGAAAUGGACGAUGUAGAUGUGAGAGCUGGUGAUAAUUUAGCUUUACUGACAAGAGCUGAAUAUUUCGCAGAAGGUAAAAGUGUCGAUUUAGAAGGUCCCAUAUUUCACGACCUAUUUAGAAUGGACAGAUAUCUACUCAAUCAAGUCAGCGUCAAUGUGAAGAUGUACAGGUCAAAACCCGAGUUUUGCCUAAUGUCAGCAGCACAAAGUUCCGACUACAAAAUCGAGUUUGAGGAUAUAAGACUACGCAUUGCCAAGGUAAAAGUGAACCCUGCUGUCAUUUAUGCUCAGAGUCAGGCUCUAGCUGUCACAACUGCAAAGUACCCAUUUACGGAAUCCGUUCUGAAACAUAUCACUAUCGCUGCCGGAGGAACCAGCUUUACGUAUGACAACAUAUUUCAAGGUCUGAGACCCAAUUUCAUCACCGUCGGAUUUGUCGAUGCGACAGCCAUUACCGGAGCUUACGAUCAAAACCCAUGGUUUUUCCAACCCUUCAAUGUAACAUCCAUAGGUCUUUACGUGGAUGGACAACCCGUAGGAGGUAGUACCAUAAAACUAGAUUACAGUGUCAGCAACGGUCAGACUACCAUUCCAGUGUUGAGGGACAUGUUUAAAGCAACUGGGAGGUGGUUAUCAGAUUCUGGAUUAGACAUAACCAGGGAGAACAUCUCAAACGGUUAUGCUUUGUACACAUUUAAUUUGGAGCCGAUAUUUCAAGGAAAUCAAUAUCUUACCUUACUGAAACAAGGAAACGUUAGAUUGGAGGUCACAUUUGGCGGCACGCUACCCAAAACCAUCAGCUGCAUCGUCUAUGCCGAGUAUCCCGGAUAUUUUGAAAUUAACGCUGCAAGAGAUAUUUUGAAACCAUGA